UUGGCAUUCCAAGAACUUCCCAUGGCUGCACACAAAGUCCUUGGUGUGGUUUUCUUUGUAUUAUGUGGCUUAGGUAUUUGUUUUGCAACUAGAUCCCUCUUCACGCUUGAAGGUGGAAAUGUUCAUGUUGGCUAUGAACAUGGUAUAACUGGUUACGGAGGUGGAGCUGGUAGUGGGGAAGGUGGCGGUGCAGGAUAUGGAGAUGCAAGUGGACAUGGUGGUGGCGGCGGUGGCGGUAGUGGAGGUGGCGGUGGAGCUGCUUAUGGUUCUGGAGGUGUUGGGUAUGGAAGUGGUAGUGGAGAAGGAGGUGGCAUUGGAUAUGGUGCUGCAGGGCAACAUGGGGUUGGAUACGGUGGUGGAGGUGGUGGAGGAAGUGGCGGUGGCGUUGGAUAUGGUGUGGGAGGAGAACAUGGUGUGACUGUUUAUGGAAGUGGUUCUGGUAGUGGGGAAGGUGGCGGUGCAGGUUAUGGAGCUGCAGGUGGACAUGGUGGUGGUGGCGGCAACGGUGGUGGAGGUGGCAGUGGAGGUGCUUAUGGUUCUGGAGGUGCUGGGUAUGGAAGUGGCAGUGGAGAAGGAGGUGGCGCUGGAUAUGGUGCUGCAGGGGGGGCUGGAUAUGGUGGUGGAGGUGGUGGGGGAAGUGGUGGUGGUAGUGGAUAUGGUGAGGGAGGAGAGAGUGGUGCUGGUUAUGGAAGCGGUGAAGGAGGUGGUGCUGGUAGUGGCUAUGGAUCCGGGGGCGAACAUGGAGCUGGCAAUGGUGGAGGAGGUGGUGGUGGGAGCGGUGGAGGCGGUGGAGCAGGUGGUGCAGGAGGAGCACAUGGGGGAGGGUAUGGUGGUGGUGAAGGAGCUGGUGGAGGUUUCGGUGGUGGAGUUGCUGGUGGUGGCGGCGGAGGAGGCUCCGGUGGCGGCGGCGGUGGUGGUAGUGCUGGAGGCACACAUGGAGGUGGUUAUGGGGGAGGUAGUGGGAGUGGAGAGGGUGGUGGACAUGGUGGCUACGCCCCUUGAAACUUCCUUCUCACUAUCAUUAAUUCAUGAAAGGAGUGUGCCUUCUUACUCUAGUAUGAACAAGAGAAUAAGUUUAUUUAACUUCUAAAUAUGUAUUGAGCUAUAAGUGCCAGAGAAAUGCUUGCAAGAAAUUGUUGUAUGUAAUUCUAAUGAAUCUGCAUUGUUCA